AUCCCCAAGACCAGCCCGAAGCUGUCAGAAUGGUUGGAUUCAAGCCCUCAGAGGUCCCCCCAACAGCCGCCGUCAAGUUUCUGGGAGCCGGGACGGCAGCCUGCAUCGCGGACCUCAUCACCUUCCCCCUCGAUACGGCAAAGGUCCGGUUACAGAUCCAGGGAGAGAAGACGCCGUGUGUCAGCCCCAAAGCGGUGGAGUACCGGGGGGUCUUUGGCACCAUGGCCACGAUGGUGAGGAAUGAGGGGCCCAAGAGCCUCUACAGCGGCCUGGUGGCCGGGCUGCAGCGCCAGAUGAGCUUCGCCUCGGUCCGUAUCGGGCUGUACGACUCGGUGAAGCACUUCUACACCAAAGGCUCAGAGCAUGUUGGGGUGGGCAGCCGGCUUCUUGCUGGUUGCACCACAGGAGCGAUGGCGGUGAUGGUGGCCCAGCCCACAGACGUGGUGAAAGUGAGGUUCCAGGCCCAGGUCCGGACGGGAGGUGGCAGGCGGUACCAGGGGACCUUGGAUGCGUACAAGACCAUUGCCAAGGAAGAGGGGCUCAGAGGCCUGUGGAAAGGGACAUUUCCCAAUGUAUCCCGAAACGCCAUUGUGAAUUGUGCUGAACUGGUGACCUAUGAUCUCAUCAAGGAUACCCUUCUGAAAUACCGUCUCAUGACAGACAACAUCCCCUGCCAUUUUCUCUCUGCCUUUGGGGCUGGUUUCUGCACUACCAUUAUUGCCUCCCCGGUGGACGUUGUGAAAACCAGGUACAUGAAUUCCGCUCCCAACCAGUACGGAAGUGCCCUGAUAUGUGCCCUGGUGAUGCUUCGCGCCGAGGGACCACUGGCUUUCUACAAAGGCUUUACACCCUCGUUUCUUCGGCUGGGUUCCUGGAACGUGGUGAUGUUUGUGACCUACGAACAGCUGAAGCGUGCCCUGAUGGCAGCCCGGGGAUCGUGGGGGACCCCAUCGUGAGCCGACUGGCGAGGCGCAGUCCAGCUCUUGCACGCCUGCCCAAAUCCUAUAAAUCGAUUCCCCCGCCCUCCCCAUCCAUGCAUUUCUACAUCUCCAUAGAUUUCCACUUUAAAAUGUUAGAACUGUUUUAGGCUUCCUUGUCAUAACCUGACUGUAGCUGCUGAUUCAGGUUGUCUUUUUUAAAGUGAUUUGUUCUUCCUGGGCCACCGUCCAAUCCCCCCUUUUAAGCCUGCUGUUCGGAAGUGGACGCUUUAUUAAAAUGCUGGAGGAUCUCGGAUGCCCGUGCUCAACUUGCAGAACAUCACCCGAAGGA